CGGACACAAACGUCAUCGUCUCCCGGCGCGAGCGUUUCCGUGUCUAACGGCGGGGAAACGAAGCUGCACAGCGGACUAGAGGUGAGCUUAUCGCGGCCUCCGAGAACCGUGAGGGACCGCGGGGAGAACCGUGAGGGACCGCGGGGAGAACCGUGAGGGACCGGGCAGAGACUCCGGGUUUUAGCCGCACACCCGCUGCUGCGAGCGGCAUAAAUCCUCCACGGCUGCUUCCAUAAACGGACACCCUCUGUGGUCAUACAGUUGGUGCAGGGACUCUGUUGUCCUCGGUGUGGACACACCUGAUCUGUGGUCUCAGCAGGGACACUGUUGUCCUCAGCGUGGACACACCUGGUGAGUUGUCUGCCCCAGACUGGGAUCAGGACCCGGUUAAGACCUUGUCCCAGCGUCAUAAUCCUCCUAAGUUUGAGCCAAGGUUAGUUUAGCUCAGCCGCGAUGCAGAUCCUGGACUCGUAUGAGCAGAAGAACUCGCUCCUCAACACCAUGAACCGCUUCAUCGGCGCCGUCAACAACAUGGACCAGACGGUGAUGGUUCCCAGUCUGCUGCGCGACGUCCCGUUGGACCACCGUGUCGACGUCAGUGUGGUGAGGACCGCUAGCGCUGCCGCAGCGUACUUGGACCAGGACAUGUACAGUUCGUAUGUUCUGCUGAAGUCCAUCCGCAAUGACAUAGAGUGGGGCGUGGUGCCGGGUGAGGGGCGGGGCAAGGACAGUGUGGGCGUGGCGGGGGCCGCGGAGGACGAAGACCUGGAGAAGCAGUUUCACGUCCACUUGCAGGGACUCCACGCGGUUCUGUCCAAACUGACGCGGAAAGCUAACACGCUAACGACACGCUACAAGGAGGAGAUCGGCUGUGGGAACUGAUGAUGUCACCAUGGUUACACAAGGUCAAAGGUCAAAAAUAAGAAGACUGUUUAGUGAAAGUUUAUUAUUUUGUGAAUGUUAAACCAAAGAGAAACAGCACGUUUCCAUGGAAACAGUUGAUUUUCUGUCCCCACUUCCUGCUCAGGUCUAUGCAAUCAAGUCUUUUCAAAAUAAAAGCCCCUGAAUUUGAAA